AACAGAGGGAAGAGGGGUGACUGACACAUGCUUCCAAUAACCUAGAGCGCAUGGUUUAUCAUUACCUCCUCAGUCUGUCUGCUGACAGAACAGAGACAGCAUGAAGCUGUGUGUCCUUCUUCUGCUCGCUCUGAGCACCAAGGCCUUCGCCCAAGAUGAGUCCUGUCUAAACCGAUGUGAAAAUGGAUUUGAGGCUCAGAGGAAGUGCCAGUGUGACUCCAUGUGCAAGUAUUACAAAAGCUGCUGCUCUGACUUUGAGGUCAUCUGCGGUAUGACGACCCGUGGUGACACCUUUGUGUUUGCAGAGGAUGAUGAUGAUGAUGACUUGUUUGAAACCCCCACUUCCUCCCCUGAAGAUGCCCCAGCUGUUGCAUCCACCCAGCCCCCCGCCCCAGACUUUAACCAAAGAGAACAUAAACCUAGGGAGUCCAAUCUGGAAAUGACCAAACCUUCGCUACUUGUGAAUCAAAGAGUGACCCCUGAAAGUGAGCUCGCCUCCACAACUGAAGCUGCUCAGACUUCUCCAACCACAACAGCUGCUCCAAACACAACAGCAGCUACCACUGAAGCACCCGAUCCAGAUGCUGUGGUCUGUAGUGGAAGGCCUUUUGACUCCUUCAUGCAGCUUAAAAAUGGCUCCAUCUACGCCUUCAGAGGGGAGUACUUCUUUGAGCUGGACCAGAAGGCGGUUCUUCCCGGUUAUCCCAAGCUGAUAAAAGAUGUGUGGGGCAUCAGUGGGCCAAUCGAUGCUGCGUUCACCCGCAUCAACUGUCAGGGGAAGACCUACAUCUUUAAGGGAAACAAGUACUGGAGGUUUGACGAUGGCGUCCUGGAGGGUGACUACCCACGGGACAUCAGUGUUGGAUUUGACAAGAUUCCUGAUCACGUUGAUGCAGCGUUUGCCCUUCCUGCUCACAGCCACCAUGGAAAGGAGAAAGUUUACUUUUUCAAAGGCGACCAGUACUACGUGUACGAGUUUUUACACCAACCCUCCCAUGAGGAGUGUGCAGCCAUGUCUGAGAGGUCUCCGUCAACACUCUUCAGGCGAUACACAGACCUGUACUACAGCAACUAUGAGCGCUUCUUCAGUGAACUAUUCUCCGACUUACCUCAGCAUCAUGACAAGCGUCACUUCAUUAACAAAGACUGGAAAGGCCUCAAGUCUCCAAUUGAUGCAGCCAUGGCCGGCAGGAUCUACGUCUCUCCUUUGAGGCCAUCAUUAUGGCUGGACCAGCAGUGGGGCCAGCAGUACCAGCAGAACAGAUGGCAGAGAGGUCAGAGGCGGUGGAACCGUUCCCCCUCCUGGGGGUCCAUGGCUGAGCAGGGUAUGAGCAUGGGGCAGGGGUUUGCAGAGAGGGGCAUGGAAAUGGGUCUGAGACUGGCAGAGAGGAGAAUGGAGAUGGAGGAGAGACUGGGCAGAGACUGGGACAGGAGGCGGGAUCAGGACUGGAACCAGGACAGACGAUGGAAUCAGGACUGGGACCAGAAUAGAAGGUGGGAUCGGGACUGGGAUCGUUACAACCAGAACAACAGAGGCAAUUAUGACACCAGAAAUGAUCGAUUCCUCCAAAGGGAAAUGCCCAUCCAGAGUGUUUUCUUCUUUAAAGAAGACAAAUACUACAGAGUGGACCUCAGGACCAAGAGAGUGGAUCCUGCUAUGCCUCCAUACCCCAGAUCCAUCGCCAAGUACUGGCUCGGCUGUUCAGACGCAAACGGAAAGGAGAAGAAGUAGUUUAACCCAUUUACCCUUGUUGUCUGUUUUUGUCGUGUGAGUUUAAAAUAAUGUUUAACUGAUGAGUCAUGUUCAUAGAAGCUAUCUGUGCCAAACAUUUGCAACGUCAUUCAUAAAGAUCAGCAAACAGCAGCAACCAGAGAAAGUCCAAAGGGUCAAAGUUUGAAUGGCUGAUUUUUUUUAGUGGCUACCAUGUGUUUGCAGCAUCAGCUGAUUGACUUUAUCAAACACACAAAACGGACUCAAGUCAGAUAAUCACAAGAUGGCAAAGAACUAACAAAAAAUGUUGAAAAAAGUCUUCCUUAUACUUUCUAUUUCAUGUCUACUAUUUGUACCUUUAACAAAAAUGAGUGAAUGAAGAACAAUAUACUGCAGACAUGUUAGUUCCAAUCUACAGACCCCCAUAACAGGUGAUUUCCUGUUAGAGAACAGCAACAGUACAGCAGCGGAUGUGAAAAUGCACAGAAGUUCAACUUUGUCUCUAGUACUUCAUUACGCAACAGAGGGAAUCUACACUGCAGGGGAAAUAAUUAGGACAACCCACAACAUGUUUUUCUUCUUGUAUAUCUGUUUUGAAGGAUAUGUUACAUCAAUCUGAGCAAUGCAGAGAAAUUCAAUCAAUUUAAAUAAACAAGAAAAACUAAAGGUAACUGGUGUGAUACAGUUGCACAUCAAA